GCAUAACUUGGGGGGAGGAAUUAAAUAUAGAGAAUGACUGAAUGUCAGUGAGCUAAAUGGUGCCAUUGGUUUCAAUGCAAAAAAACGGAGGAAGCUCUGUGGCCAACGAGGAAAAAUCUCCCAGGUGGUUUUCUGUUACAAGGUCAAAGGGUACAAAACCUAACGGCCUGCAAGCUCCAAAAAUUGUUUUCUGUGGAGGCUGAAUUUGAAGAUGAGGAUUUCUUGAUGGCUGUGAGUGAUGUGGAGAAGCAGACUCUAGACACAACAUCUGCUAAUUUAAGAGGUCUGAGACCCCUUUCUGCAGGGUUAAGAGCUCCUGACAAUGCCUUCAUGCCAGUCAAGGAUUCGGGCACCCGUAGCUUUUCAGAGAGUAUGCCCCCUAUUUCACAGGUACAAAACUGUUCCAGAUUUCAAUUUGGAGAAGGUAUCUGCACUACUGAAACCAAAAGCAAUCAUAUGCUUCCCCUGAUAAGCAGCUUCAAGGUUCAAAAGGACCCAACAGGCUUACUAGCCAAGUGCGAAUCAGGUAGCACUUCAGGCAAGAGAUUUAAAUUUGUGAACAGGCCUCCAGUUAUAUUUUCCUCUGGGACUUCCCCCAGGGAUGAUAUUGACAAUGAACUUGUACUGGCUGCAUGCAUGGAUUUAGAAGAAUCUAGUAUGUACCCAGAGUCUUUCAGAUUUGACUGUGGUUCCCAGAAACAGAUUAGAGACAAUGACUUAGAAACAGCCAAGAAACGACAAGUCACAAACUCAAUGACACCAAUGAAUCCUGUUGGAUUGGAUACUUCACAAAUGACAAAAACUCGAAAAGAAAUUGUUGAUGAGGUUGUCAGCCAUCUACAGCCAGUGGGAGUUUCUUCAGAGUCAAAUCUGCGGCCUCCCUCCAUAGAUUCUGGUUUUCCCCAGGCUAACUUAGGGAUGAGCAACAGUAUUGGCUCCCUUUCUAAUUCCAGUAUUCAGAUGAUAAAGCCUGUUCAGUCAUCUUUGGAAAAAUCCACUUCUGAAUGCAAUAGUCCUUCCUUACCACUAAUUAGACCCUGUUCUCCCUUCAUUUCAACAAGUACUCCUUCAAGGCUGUCCAAAUCACGGAUAUUUAGCCCCAGCUGCUCUGACUCUAGAAUGGCUAAUAAUGGUGGUCAACUCCAUAUCACAUAUGGUCCUUCAGUGGCAACUGUUGGAAUCCCUCCUGUCAUCCCUAAAGCCCCAAGUUCAGUUGCGGGUUCUGGAAAGCCUCAGACUCCUGUUGUCACCAACCAUCUUGUCCGUUUGGUCACAGCAACCAGCAAGACACCUCAGCCAAUGGCUCAUGUUUCUCUGCGAACUAAGACUCGUCGCUUCCCAGGACCAGCAGGCAUUCUGCCUCAACAAGUAAGAGAACACUCAGGAGAUACACCUAGCGGGAAAAACCUGGAUGAAAUUCUCAUUGCAACUCCCCAGAUGCCAACUCAUGGGGCUGUAGCAAAAUUACGAACUGAGGAAAUGCCUAUUUCCCAGCAAACAAUAGAAGAAGAAUUUGAGAGAGGCCCAUGGGUUGCCAUGAAAAAUGAAUUAGAUUUGGAUGAAGGAGAUCCAUCCUGUUUUCUUCAAAUGUACAGCAUUUCUAUGAUACUUCGUAAGGCAGCUCUGAAGCAACUCCCAAAGAACAAGGUUCCAAAUAUGGCAGUAAUGAUUAAAUCACUGAUGAGGACUAAUGUUGAUGCAGGUGCUGAGUUCAGGGACCCUACUGGUGAAAUGCAGGGCACAAUACAUCGUUUGUUGCUGGAAGAAAAAGAAAGUGAAUUUAAAACUGGUUCAGUGCUUCUGCUAAAACAGGUGAGUGUGUUCUCUCCAUCCCAUCGCAAUCACUACCUCAAUGUGACACCCAGUAACCUGGUGAAAAUAUAUUCAUCUGGUUUCAACAAUGAAAAUCAGCCUCAGCCAUACCAAGAGAUUUGGGAAACAAGUGAGACUGUGACACCACAGGAUCCUCCCAUAAGUGCUGUGAUUAUAAUGGCCACUGUGGAUAACAAAAAUGUGGAAGGAUGUGAGAGAAAUAAGAAGAGAUGUCAUCGUAUAUUAGCAUCAAAUGAAAGUCCAUCAUUAUUACAAGAAUCAGGAAGUUGUGGAGCAAGCAAAUCCACUGAGAGAGCUGAUUUGGAUGAUCUGGACCAGCUUCUUGGUGAACUCCCUGAUGACUUUUUCUCCAGCUUGGAAGAACAGAACACCUUAUGACAGCUCACUAAUCCUAAAAGGACUUGCUGGGUAGGAUCAAGGGCAUAGUCCUGGGUUCAUGAGCCCUUUUGUACCAUGAUAGACUUCCUUGCAGGGGCAUUUUCUAAUUACUAAAAAAAAUCUUUUAUAAAUUGGACAUAAGCUGCCCUUUAUGUGAUUAGAUAGAAAUAGAUUGAGUAGCAAGAUGGUUGGUUAUUGAGCUAAUUUUCCUCCUGUGAUUGCAAAGACUUGGGUGGUUUUCGUCAGAGAUGCUGCAUUGCACACUAGUACUGAGGUCCUGCACCAGAUCUUAUUAUAGAUUUGUCUCUUCAGAAAAUUAAUUUUGCCAGGCUAUUGGAAUGACCUACAAUGACUUUUUAAACUAUUAAGUACCUGUUACUCCAUUUGGUUUGAAAUUGUCUUAGGUAUGUAUUGAAUGUUUACUUUGGUGCUUUGUUAUACACUAUUUCAGGCAAAACAAGCUGUCUUCUAACUGGUCUUCCAAAACAAUAACACUUUAUGUUAAUUGAUACUGUCUGAAAAAUAAAUAUGAAAAAUAUAUCUGUUGAAGUGUUUCUGAAGCUUAACAAAAGAUUGUCUAGUUCAACAUGUAUUUAUUUACAUUGAUUGAUUGAUUGAUUUUGAUUGAUUUUAUCCCACUUGUAAUUAAGGGGAUGAACAUACAUCAUACUUCUUCUAUUUUCCUCACAAAAACAAAUCUAUGAGUUUGGUUGGGCUGAGAGAUAGUGACUAGUCUAAAGUCACUUUGGCUUUUAGAAACUACAGCUCACAAUUUCUUGGUUUGCCUUAACCACAACACCAAAUUGGCUCCGUUAUUAAUUUCUUCUAUUUCAGCCAUUGCCUACCUCCCUUUUAAUAAUGUGCAUAUAAAGCUUUUUCAAAACAUUCUGGAAACAGUUUUUUUUUUUAAUUAGGUAACUUCAUACCAUUUGAACUCAAGAUGUGGUGAGAAUUGUAACAUUUUUGCACAUACAUACCACAAUUCCAGUUUUUUAGUUCCAUAUAUUUAUUGCAUAUUCAAACAGAAAAAAGUCUUGUUUCGUACAAAGAGAUUCAUGUAAGGGCCUCUAGAUACACAAACUAAAUAAACUCAAUUCUCAUUUUAGCUUUUGGAAAGUUAGAAAAAAAAGAUACGUAAUAAAAAGCGAAGAGUUUAUUAUAUAUAUAGUAGCAUAUACAUGGAAAAGGACUUUGGCUCUAAAUGUCAAGACAGAGGUCAAAUUUCAUGCACUCAUUCAAAUAAGAAUUUGAGUCAGCUUGUGCAAAAUGUUGGCAAUGCCAAAUGGAUUGCUAAACAUUCCUGAUAAAUUGUAUGCAUAUUUAUCAAAUUAUGUAAACC